AUGAAAUAAUCGUCUUAAUUAUGCAAAGGACAUGUAAUAUCAACAGGAUGGUUAUAAAAUUCAUAACAUGAAUAUUAAAGUCUUCUUAUAGCUUCAUUUAAAUAGUAAUUAGCAGAAAAUUCUUAAAUUAUAUAAGAAUCAAAUUCAGAAAAAUUGACAACAGAUAUUUGUUUGAAUGAAGAAUAACGCAAACAAGAAUUGAUAAUGUAUAAGAUAGGAAGAGUAAUAGGAAGUAGUUUAGAGAGAUAAGUAAGAUUUGAUAAAAAUAAUCUAUUUCAAAUGAAAGAUCAUAAACCAAUUAAAUAAUUUCCACCUAUAAAAUCAAUAUAAGUGGAAAACAAGACUAAUAAUUAAAACACAUGGCAUGAUAAGUAAGGAAGUAAAGCAAGAUUAUUGAUUCAAUUUGAAAAAGAUCAUACAAACGUUUAUAUUUAUAUGAAAGAUGAAAAUUAAGCACUUUUAUGGUAAAGAUAUCUAAUAAUUGAAAAAUUGAUUUAAUAAAAACCAAAAUAAGUAGCAAAAUGUUUUGGAUAUUGCUAUCAAGAAUAUGAAGAUAAAUUCACUUUUAUUUGGGCAUUAAAAUUUGCUUUAUAAUUGGAAUAAUUUGCUAUUUAUACAAAUAAAUAAAAAAAAUAAUAAGCAUAAGUAGAUGCUAAUAAUUUAAUUAAAUGGUAAAGAAAUGUGAUGAAUUAUCAUAUAAAGGUUUGGUUAAAGAAAAGUUAGAAACUAUUAUAAGAUGAAUAAGAUUAUUAAGAUUAAUUAAAAAAAUCAUCUAUUAAGGAAUAAUAAUAAAUUUAAUAAUCACAAGAGCAAAGAGAAUUGGAAAAAAUAAAAAGAGAAAAAGAGAGAACUUAGAUGUUAGAAAAGUUAAUAGAAAAUCAUAUUAAGCCAAAGAAGUUUGAUAUAUAAAAAUUCUUAAAAGGAUGGCAAUAAAGAUCUAAUUUUAUACAUCAUACUAAUCCUAAGAAAUUUUCAAUUAAAAUAAUUAGAAUGUAUAUUCAAAAUAAUAUUUAACUAAUAAGACCAUUAUUACAAUUAAGAUUUAUAUCUGAAGUAAUAUUUGUCGAAUUUAAUUUAGAGAACUGAGGAGACUAAAGAUAUUGAAAGUAUUAAAAUAUUAGAUGGAUUACAAUAUAAUAUAGAAAAAAGUCCUUAUUUCACUUGUAGAUUACUUGCACAAAUGAAUCAAUAAAGAAGAAAAGACUAUAGUGCUUGGAGUUUUAAAGAUGGUAUACUUGGGUUAUAAGGAAAAACUUACAUGACAAUUGAUAGUUUAGGAUAUAAAGAUUUUAUUGAUUUUUAAGUUAUUGAUACAAUGAGUAAUCUAUUAGAAUAUAUUAAAGGAACAAAUACUGCUUCAAAAGUUUUAAGAAUAUAAUUCUAAGAUUUGAUAAAAUAUUUAUAUGAAGGCCGUUCAUUUUGGAUAGCCCUUGAAUAUGAACAAUCAAAGAUAUUUGUCGAAAUGGAUAUGUUGGAACAUUCUAAUAUUGACCCAAUAUUUCUAGAUAGAUUAAAAUAUGUAUAAUUAAAUGGUGUUUUAAGAAAAGUUAGCAUCAAAAUGAUAGAAUAAAGAACUCCUGUAAAAUUUAUUUAAUCAUUUUUUUAGCUUCCAAUUAUUGAAACAGUAAAAUUUGGUUUAGAAAUUGAAAGAUAUUCAGAAGAUAUCUAAAAUUUAUAUUAAAGUUUGUAUAUAGAGAAUAUAUGUCUGUAACCUUAGUGUUAACCAGCUAGUUGGUUUACUCAAUUAGAUUGUAUGGAGAAAGUUGUUAAACCUGUUACUGAAAUACUCAAGCGAAAUUAUUUAGAAUUUACUGAUGUCACGGAUAAUGUUUAAAUCUAUUAUUAAAUAAAAUCUAUUCCUAAUCUAAGAUUACCUUUACUUAAAGAUGUUGAUGACUUUAUGAAUAAAUUACCUGUAGUUUAAGCAAAUCAACAUAAAUAAUUUUAAGGAGUCUUAACAUCAUUUCUUAUUUAUUGUAAUGUCAGAACCAUUUAAUUAAAUGUGUCAUUUUUAACUAUACUAUUUUAAAUUGCUAAUAAAUUUAUAUGUAUAACUCAUCCUCAUUUUUUAUAUGAUUUAAGUAAACCUGUAUUUGGCCAUAAAUUUGAUUCUGAAGCAUAGGCAUUCUGGCUUUUUACUGCUUUUGUUGAAUUAAUGAGAAGUGUUCAUUUUCCUUUAGUUAAGGAAGACACUCUCUUUUGCCCAUAAGAAAUUGUAAUGUAAUAUAUGGAGGUCUUACAUAAAGAUAUUGUGUAACAUUGUAAAAACUAUGAUAUUGCAGUUGAACAUAUUUUCUUUGAAAUUCUUUCAUCAUUUUAUACUAGUUUAGUAUAAUCAUUACCAUUAUGUAAUAUCUGGAAUUUAAUAAUUAAAAAAAUAUCUAUGAAUAAAUGUGCAUAUUAAUUAGUCUUGAUAGUAUUUAUAGAAGAACUAGGCUAGAAAUUAUUAUUCUGCUAAAAUUCUGAUGAUUUCAAAAAUGCUAUAUCUUUAUAAGGUAUUUUAUUAAAUCAAGUCAUUAGCACAACUUUUGGAUAUUUAACAACUUGAAGCUGCUUAUUAAGGAUGUGAAUCUAAUUUAAAUAGAAUAAUUAAUGCCGAAUAAUCAGUUCAUGAAUCUGUUGAACAUUCAAAUAUUCAUUAACCUUUAGUUUAAGAUUGUUGA